CAUGAUUAUGAUUAUGUUUAUUGUGUUAGUUUUUCUAGGAAAGUGAACGGACUAGGCCUAUCAAAAUACUAGCAAACAAUAUCAGCAGAUAUGCUCUACCCUAACGUAGCCACAACAGCUGAGCUCAAUAAAAUGUCGAGAAAGCACUGAGGACCCGGAAGCCCGACACCGAUAGGCUAGGCCUCUAGGCUAGCCUAGGGAUAAUAGCAGUACUUCAGGACUAAUGUCAGACCAUGGUGUCCUUCAUCGAGGCACCGUUCAACCUGAGCUAGAUUCUAUCCAGCUAGAGCAAAUCCAGGAGAUUUUAAAGGAUUCUAUAACACCGGAAGUAGUAGAGUUGUACAUAAACAAUAAUCGGAAAGUUGAUCCGACGUUGGAUGCUCUCAUUGCCAUUGCAGACCCGGACCGUCCAUCUUUGGUAUCUCGGAUCAAAGAGGGCGCGAUGGAAUUCAACAAUUUGAGCGGCAGUUCAGCCAAGGCAACAGUUGGGAAUAAGGCAGUUGGGUUUGAAAGAUCUAAGAAUGUCAAUGAAGGGGUUGUCAAGUCGCGGGUCAAUGUGCCGGCAUUGUUCUCAUCUUUGCAUUCAGACUAUUAUGAUGGCGGUGCGCAUCACAACAGGCUGGAGUCUACUGAUGGUGCUCCUUUGCUCACGCCUGUCGAUUUUCCAGGUUUUAAUUAUCCGUCAGUCGAUGUGACGCAGCCAUUAUUGGCCAGUUCUUUAAAAGUCAGUCAGACUCGACAGACCAUUGAUGAAGUGAUGGAGCCACCAGAGCACACCGGCAGAAUGAAGCAACUAAUUUCAAAACCAAUCAACAUUCCACAAAUUCCACACAUGGAUGCAUUUUACUUUGACAAGCAACAAAAUUCAAGUCCAAAGUCUCCAAAAAUGGAACAAAACUUGUCCAGAUCUCCAAAAUCAAAAAUGGAACAAAACUUGUCUAGAUCUCCAAAAUCUGCUCCGAGGUCUCCGAAAGGACAACCUAAAUCUCCUCACCAACCUAAGGCUGAUUCCAAACCUUCUGGGAAACAAAAAAAGGAAAAGUACCAAGUUCCACCAAGGUUGAAGAAGAAGGCCAAAUCUCACGAGAUAGAUAGACUGCAACCGGAACAGCAUGCUGAACAACGGCGGAAGUCUUUGCCUGCAACCCUUUUUAAUCCAACACUAGCAGCUGUCAAAGAACGCGCAAACUAUUUACCAGCAGUCAACUGCGAAAAUAUCUUGAUGGAUGUUCCUGUGAUGGUUAUUCCUGAGGAAGAUGAAGACAAACAUGGUGAGGAUGUUGGCAUCAGUACUGAAGAUGCAGAUAUGGAUGAUUUGCUCUUAGAAAUUCAGUCAACAACCACUACAAAUGAUAAUGAUGACAAUAGUGAAGAUACUGAAUCAAACAAAUUUAUUGCAAGAAGAACUCUAAGUGUUGAAGAUCAUAAAAAGUCAAACUUUGGCAAAUGCAUCGAUGAGGGAAAUGUUGAAAUGCCAAAACACAUGCCAGUUGCAUUAAAUGGGAUGAAUGAAGAGAUACUUUUGCAGGAGGCAAGAAUGAAAGUAUCUUUAGCUCGACUUAAUGUUGGCGCUAAAGAGUUUGUUCCAAGAACUACAACUCCAGAACCAAAAGUGGAGUCAGAGACUCACGUGGGAGAUUAUACAUUUGCAGCAAGACCAGAAUGUCAGAACCCCUUGAUGCAUCAGGGGCGGAUCAGUAAGAACCUCAGACAAGCCAAUCCAUACAUGAUGCCUGGAGGAAAAACACCAGAUAGAGCUUCAGCCAGAAUAAACAAACUCACUAUUCAGCAGCCAAAUGGUCCAGAACCAGGCAACUAUGUGUUAGUGCCAACUCCUUUAGUCUUCUUGCAACCAACAGUUUCUGUAAUGGGAAGACAAACACCAAGCCCAGACCACUACCUACCUUCAAAUGCUACACCUCCUGGUAGCCUCAUUGGUAGCCCAGUAACUAGCAGACGACAGCAACCUGGCAACCAACCUAAGAGGAAAAAACGAAAGAAUAAAAGAAAUAAAAUCAGCAAGGAAACUGAAGGCAAGUGCCAAUCAAGCAAAGAGAGUGUUGAUGAUAACGACAGUGAUAAGAUUUCUAUGACGGAUAAAAUCUCACCUAUGAGAGAGGAACCGUCAGUACCGCAACCGGUGAACCACAGUCAGGUACCGGCUUGGCCGACAAUUAAAACCACGAAUUAUAAGCCUUCAAAAAAACCAGAUACUCCCAAGCCAGAGGAACCUGAACCACUGCCAGAUGGAAAAGUGCUGUGUCUGAUGAGGGGUUUACCUGGGUGUGGCAAGACGACCCUAGCCAGGAAAUUGUUGGGAGUCGGCAUUAUAUUCAGUACGGAUGAUUACUUCGUAAGCAGAAAUGGAGAAUAUGAGUUUAAAAAGAGAUUCCUAACCGAAGCCCAUGAUUGGAACCAGAAAAGAGUUCAUGAAGCAUUAGUUAAAGGGAUUACUCCUGUUAUUGUCGACAACACAAACAUUGAAAAAUGGGUCAUGAGACCGUACAUAGAAAUGGCAAAGAAACUCAAGUAUGAUGUCGUGAUAAGGGAGCCAGACACACCAUGGAAACUUAAUUCAACUCAGUUGGCAAAACGUUGUACACACGGAGUCCCAAAAGACAAAAUAGCUUUAUUACUACAAAAUUAUGAGCCUAACAUGACAGUCCAAAAAGUUAUGGGAACUAAAGAUGGAAAAGAAGCUACUGAUUUAUGUACUCCAACGAACAGUGGUUUAGAAAAUGAUGUUGAACUUAAUGACCAUACAAGAACAUUAACAGGCAAAAACAAAUUAAAUAUUGGACUUGGCACAUGUGAUGAAACCGGUUCAAAUGAUUGUGUCCCGAUUGAAUUGAGAAAUAGCAAGCUCGAUGCAAAACAAUCGGUGGCACAGAAAGCGCACACGCACUGUGAUGAAGCCCUGAAGCACUUUACGAAUGUACGCAAACUGGGCAAUGUUGUUUCACCCAAUAUAUCCACUGGUAGUAGCACCAGCCUAGAGUCUUCCGUGGACUCUCCCAUCUCUGUGGAUUUAACACAAACUUUCCAGAAAGAUGAUCGAUGGCAGCUAAGCAAUUCUCUGUCGGACAAUGACAAAUCAGCUGAUCGUUCUUUAGCGGAGGUGAAGAGAAAGACAAACUCUGGCUAUCGACUGGUAGAUGGACAAUCUGAAUUUAACAAGAUGAGGAGUCAUGAGUCUCAGGAGACAAGUAGAAAGUCAGGUAUUAUUAACAAGAGACGUAUCCCUUCACUUAUUAAAGAGCAUAAAAUUGAAAUAAGUGAUGAUGAUGAGGUUGAUACAAAGCUAUAUGGAGAUGUAUUCCUUGAGCAACCGAACAAAUUCGAAGGAGUGAGUAAUUUAACAUCAAACUACAGUGAUGUCGCUGUAAACAUUGAUGCAAAGGACUUUGCUUUGUUGCAGAGAAUAGAAGCUGGUGUUGAGGAUGCCAAAAAACAUAAGCAUACAUGUGUCUUGAUUGGCAUCAGUUCAAAUUUCAUUCCAAGUGAUGUGCAGACCUCUGAAUCUAUUCCUUUAGUAGCUAUCCUUGACAAGGGAUCAAUGACAUCAGAAAUUAAAACUGAUGAUAAUUAUAAUGAUGAAGUAGAGAUAUUUCUCAGUUGUUUUCCUUCUGUUGCGCAAGAGGACCUGCUUCAUGUUCUAAAACAGUGCAAGUAUGACACACAAUGGGCUAGCGAAAUUCUCUUAGAUUCAAACAUGUGCCAACCCACCAAUAGUCCUUCACAGCAAAUGUCUUCAGAAUCACAGAGCACCGUGCAAGAUCCUGCCAAAGAGGUCUCACCAGCUUUGCUUGAGUUCGAGAAAUCAUCUGCCAUCAGUCAGCUGCCUAUUACAUCCAAUGUUGCGCCUGAUCUUGUGGCUGUUUCACAUCUCUCACAAGACAUUGAGGAAGAAACAAAAGAUAGCACUGGCCCAGAAAAGACCACAGACCUUGAAAUAGACACAACCAAACAGUCAGAUGAAGAACUCAUUUUGCAAUUGGAUGCUACAUUCGGAAGUCAAUUACAGACAAUGUUUGGCCAUGAUGGUUCUUUUGUUGAUUUAGAUCUUGUUUCGCAUGAAGAUCUUCAAGUGGUAGUUUCUCCUGAUCUUGCAUCCAGACUCUAUGAUGCGUGGCAGGACACAUUAAAGAAGAAAAACCGAUCUGCUAACAUUGGAAACUUGAAAGCAGAUGAAGACUUAGCCAAGAAGCUGCAGCAGGAAGAGGAUUACCUCCACAUGAAAGAGGUUCAAGAACAGAGGUUGUCUUCAAUGCCAAAACAUCGUCCAUGGGUGGCUAGUGGUCACACCUUUGCAAGAGACAUAUUAAUAAAUCCAGAUGGCAGCGCUUGUUACCAGUCUACGUUGAACCCAUCUGAUCAAGAGAGUGAAGUAGGGCUAAGGGAGAUAAUGGAUCAAGAAUUGAAUCUGCAGUUAAUUAAAGAUCUUGAACUUGAAUCCUCAACAAAUGAGAUAACAAUUGCUGUGAAAAUUAAGCAAGAAAUGCUGUUUAAAAGGUUUCCAAGAAUUGACGCAGACAUUCUUCAGAAUAUUUUUGCAGCUAAUGAAUAUCACCUUGGUAACACCUUUCGCAGUGUGGAGUGUUCGCACAAUCUGCACCCUAAACCGGUUUACACCGUGCUAUCUGAUAAAGCCCGAGAAGAACUGGAGAAACGUCUCUUGCGUCAAGCAAAUGAAGAUGCUCUGAAGUCAGCUUCUGACGUGAUUCAACUACAGACAGAUUUGACUGAAGAAUUGGAUUCUGAGUACCCAGAUGAAGCUGACUAUGUUGAUUACCGUGCUGAUGCUAUUGUAAAUAAAAAUCUACAAAAGGAAUGUUUACAAAAGGCUUCUGAAGCCCACCGGAAAGGUCAAACACAGCUUGCUACUUAUUACGCUGACAAGGGUCGUGUUUAUAGUCAGAAAAUCAAAGAGGCAAACCGGGAAGCAUCUAAGAGAAUUCAUCAGAAGAUCAACAAAGAUUAUCUGAAGUCCAACAUAUUAGAUCUGCACCAUUUUCAUGUUGAUGAAGCAGUGGAAGUUUUACAGGAUGCGCUUAACAACAAGAGACACGAGCUGCAGACACGGCAACAGAAACCCAAGACAUUGUACCUGUCGGUGAUAACAGGACGUGGUAGGAACAGUCCACUUGGAAUUGCCAGAAUCAGGCAGGCCGUCAGGGAAUUUUUAGAAAAAAAUAACUAUCAGUUUUCCGAAUCUACGCCAGGUCUCAUCAGAGUGUCUCUGAAGCCAGACUGUUAAUUGGAAUUAUCUGGUUUACAGAUGCCUAAUGAACAAAACAAGUGUGUGUAUGCAGUCAGCAAUGUAACUUUUUAUCUGUAGACGUAGAUUUUUUAUUUGGAUUUCAGUCUGUAUGUCUAUAACAGCAGUGGAGCUGGAUUCUGUAAAACAUUUGCUAGAUUUGAUUAAAUUGGUUGCAGAGUUCUGUAGACAGAAUUCUUUCAGUAACUGUAGUUUUAACUGUAAUAGUGUGUAGUAAUUGAUCAUAGGUCUAAAAUUUUGCUGAGUUCUGUAGAAAUUAAUUUCUAUAUUCUAUACAUAGUGUUACGUUAUAUAAUCUUUUGCUCUAAUAUUUCCCUUUAAUAAACCUUUAAUAAGCUUGUAGGAACUAGUUAUAUAUUUAGUAGAAACUGAUAUCAAUCUUUGUAUAAUCUGUUGCUAAGUAGGUACGUUGAAACUGUCGCCAUGCACUGAAGAAACUAUUUCUAAAUUUUAUAGAAAACAUUAUGUAAAAUCUAUUGCUACUGUAAUUCAUUAGAAACUAUUUCAAAAUUCUGCAAAGGUAAGAUUCUAGAUUUUAUAUAAACUGCUGUUAGACUCUUUAGAAAUUUCUACUAAGUUUUUUGCAGAAACUGUUAUUACCUAAGAUGUGUUUAUAAUGUUGCUACAUGAGUUCUGCAGAAACUGUUUUUAAGUGUUUCAGGGACUUCAACUGAGUCCUGUCAAAAUGUACUCAGUUCUGUGGAAACAUUCAGUUCUGUGGAAACAUUCUGGUCUGCCAAAAUGUUGACAUUGUUCUGCAGAAACUGCUACUGUUAUCUAAAUAUAGUAGAUUUUUUUUGUAGAUUCUACAGAAAUUAUUGUGGAGCCUUUUUGAGCUUCUGUAGUACUAAGCAGUGAAGAACAAAUAAUACAUAAUAUUAUGUGAACACUAAGGGUAUAUAAACAUUGCACUUACCUGAUUUUUUGGUGAGGAAACACCCAAAUCUAGGCCAACUCAGAACAGCAUUGUGUGACGCAGCCGUGACGCGUUUUAAGUGAUAGGUCUGCAUUGGGGACAGUUGCAUCGGGGAAUAUUAAAUGUGCCCGAUGAUAAAUCGUGUUGGACUGCGUUGUACGACGCUGUGUAAGUUGGCCACGUGCAGUGUCUAUUAUCAGAAGUACUCCUUGAUCAGAACAAAAAUUUAUUAAUUAUCUUUGUUUUUUAUGUUUGAAAUUGUUUGUUUUUAUUUGUUGAAUGAAAUGCAUUUAAAUGAUCUGUCAUUUGCUAAUUAUGAAUUCCAAAGACAAUUUUAAGUGAUGAGAUGAACUAUGAGUACUGUUUUUAAAACUCUGUCCAGAUUUUCAAAAUUUCUUUUUGACAAAAAACUGUUAUAUGCCCAAAUAUAGUGAUGAUGUGCCUAUAUAUGGUCAUGAUGUGAUGCCUCCAUGACCAUAUUUACGCAUGUCAAAUGUUUUUGUCAAAUAAGAUUUGAUAGUCUGGAAAGGACUUUAGUGGAUAUAUGCCUACUAGUUUGUAUUCAAUUUGGUUACAAAGAUCUUUUGAAAAACACAAUAAAGUUAAUUUUAAUGUUCAUUAAAUAGUAGGCGUACCUUGAGAGAGUGAUUUCAGUCCAAAAUUGAUUGCAAUAUAAAAUCGUAAUAAAAAUAUUCCUUGACUUUAAGGAUUCCAUUUUAACUGUUUUUAUGGAAAAUAUAUAUCAAGGUAAUCAUGUGAAAGAUUGCUGAUUUUAAUUUAUUGCUGUUGUCAAUUUUGCUCAGAACAAAUUCUCUAAUGCUUUGUCCACAUUAUCAAGUAUUCUGUGAUAAAUCUGUGACAUCAUCCCCAUUAUAUGGACAAGUCACUCCCAUUUGUCAUGAAACCUAAUAGUGUGGACAUGGUGUAAUAGUAAGUGCAAUCAUUAAAUUAUAUUUUAGACCACAAAGAAGGUUAAGCGCUGUCCGCACUAUCAAACUUUCUUUGACAAAAAACUGUCACAUGCCCGUAUAUAGUCAUGACGUGCCUAUAUAUAGUCGUGAUGUGAUGUCAUGAUGACCAUACUUAGGCAUGUCACAUGCUUUUGUCAAAUAAAAUUUGAUAGUCUGGACAGGGCUUUAGGGAACAGUAUACAUUUAUUAGUUUUAAGCUGUUUUCACACCAUCAAACUUUAUAUGACAUUUGUGUGAUGUCCCGUAUAUGGCAUUGUGAUGUCAAAUUAUGCCUAAAAUAAUAUGGGCAUAUUUCGUUUAUUUGUCACAUAAAAUUUGAUGGCGUGUUCAGAGUUUGACAUGUUUUUUUUUCAAUUAAAUGAUGAAUCGCAUUGUGAAUACGGGUUGGUUAAGGGGGGAAAUUAAGAUUUUACAAAUUUGUUUGAUUCAUACUGUUAGAAUGUUAACAGUUGUUGUAGAAGAAUUCCACUGAUUGUACAAUAUUCAUUCCUUGAAAUUGAAAAAUAAAAUUCUAAAGUUUUCAGAAGAUAUACAUAUCAUUAAAUAAGAGGAUUCUUGAAUUGUAAAUACUCUAUAAAAUUUGGUUGAAUGUUCUUAAAAAUGACCAAUUUUGCAUGAGAAUAAGCUUUUUAAUGGAAACGUCCAUAUUUUAUAAUGAUAUUUUUGUAAAAUUGUUUAAUCAGUCUACACAGAAAUUAUAGUUUUUAAAUCAGUUUACAUUUGCUGUGGAUUUUCUUUGUAAAAAUGAAAUUAUGACAAAGGAAACACAAUUGUAUGUAGAUAAAAUUUGAAUACAAUGCAGGAUUAAAUUAAAUCUGUGUUUUCUGACUUGUUGCGCUUGUAAAUAUUAAGAGGAGAUAUUGUAUAAAUGCAAAAAUUCAUAUUUCUUGUAUGUUGUAAAUAAUUCAUACAACUGCCUGGAUAUAUAAUACUAUGGUGCUGUGAUAUAAAUGUAUAUUUGGUAUUUGUGAUUUUCCAUAGAGCUUUUUAUGAAUCAGACUAUUGGAUAGUCUUUUUGAAAUGUAAAGUCAUAAACUAUGUUCAUACACAACAGUAGCUUUACAUUAACUCUUAGUAGCGCUGUGGAUUAACGUACGCCCGACGUUAGGUUUGCCUCGUUCACACACAGAGUUGCACUAGCAUUACGUUAAUCCACUAGGUACGCCAUGGAUUAACGUGUGUCCGGUGUUUGUUAUACCAUAUAUGAUCUGUGGUUACAUCUUGUUCACACACACGAGUAAGCAUUGCGUUAAACGCUAGCCUCGCCAUUGUUAGUUACGCCUUGCGUAUCUCGCAAGUCUCGACAUAGCCAUAAUGAAGUAAUGUGCGUGCCUUAUUAUAUAGUCUUUCAUGUACUGUAUUGUUCUGUAAUGUUCACUUAUUAGGCCAUGUUUUAUUGACUCCCCUAUUAAACAGUGGUGUAUUUAGGAGUACUGAAAUGGUUGUGGGGAGAGGGGAGGCAGGCCCGGAGGUGACGUGGGAGCACUCGAUGAUUUAAUAAUGUGGGGUGGGGAGGGCGGUAAGCUGGCAAAAUAUGGUGUGAUAGGUAAUUUUUAUCUACUUGAGCAUAUUGUUUUGCCUCAGCAAUUUUCAGUGAGGUUAGACUGGUGGGAGGGAAUUAUUUUGACAUUGUGCUUCCCCACACACCCCGUAGAUAUACCACUGUCAAUGAAGAUUUUAUUUUUAAGAUGUAGCAAUUUUUCCGUGUAUUAUAAUUUUGAGCACAUGAUCACAAACAUUUUGAAUAUAAUAAAUUUAGCUGUCAAAA